AUGAUGCAUCAACUCGGACAGCAGGUUAGUAUAUGCCAUCGUAGUUCCUGUAUGUAAGACAUAUCUGCUUUUUUUUAGCGAUUUCAAGCCGGCAAUGAAUACCGUGUGCGUUAAAUUCUUGCCAUAUUUUGAAAGCGCAUCAAUAAUAAAGGCAAACGCAGUUUAUUUGUGUUCUAUUAGAGGGAAGCGAAAGUUGCUCAAGUUUUAUUAGAACAAGUGGUAAAUUGAACCUAUUAAUAGCUUUAUGUGAACUUAUAACGAAAGUAAACGCACCUGCAGAAUCGUUAAAAGGAUCUAUGGUAUAUUUAAGUAAAAUUGCUACUGAAUGUUAACGUGAAAAAUUUUAAGCUUAUAUUUGUUCAUUAACCACCUUUUCAUCUCUUUCCUUCCUUUUCCUUGUUUAGCCGUAGCUUUGUUUAAAGCAGGGUAGAAAAAAUCCAAAUAUGCCAAACUUUCCUUGCUCUUUUCGACCAGUAGUGUGAGUUCUUAAUUAUGUCCCUUUUGAAUUUAACCAAUGAAAGAAGGAUGAAGGAGACAAGGCCAAUGGCUUAAUGUCGCUGCCCAAUGAUACGAUCAUCUGAACUGAGGCAAGAUCUUAAGUCACUGCUAGCAGGAUUUCACCAGUUUUUUAAAGACCCUGAUUGUUGGUCAGAUCGGGGGAUGAACCCAUGACCUCUUACUUGGCAGACUGGCACUCUACUGAGCCUACAGGGCAAUGGCGGCUGACCUGGUAACGGAAAUCCUGAGCGAUCAUAUUCUUAUUGCUCAUGACCUUCCUGAUUGAUUAAGCAUUGAUGAUAGAGGCAAAGUUUGUUAAUAAUAACUAUUAAUGGGCUUAAAAGGUUAACUGACCUUUGAAAUGUACACCAGGAUUUAAAUAUCUCUGCAGGUAUCACCAUUUCCCAUUCUUAGUAAUAAUUAAUGAGCUAUAAUAUUAUUAUUUUGUUACUUUUGAUUACAGAGAGGGUUUCCUCAUACUCAUCCCUCACAGUCAUCAGGGUUAUCUGAGAUGGAAAGAGAGAAGAUUUAUUCCUGGGUUCUUGAGCUUUCCAGUCCAGAUACAAGAGAACAUGCUCUUCUAGAACUCAGGUAUUUUGUAACACAGGUCAUAAAUACACCAUUAAUUUCCAAGCAAAAUACUUGAGGCAGCAAGUUUCACUGUUAAUUACAAAUAAGGAUAUCUCCCUGUUUAGAACUUAGAGUGUAUACCAAUGAUUUUUGAAUUUUUUUUUAACUUUUACUUACUUCUUAAGAUGUUAAGUGCAUUGUUGAUCUCUUCCUUUUCUAUUCUUGUAGCAAAAAGCGAGAAGUAGUCCCUGACCUGGCACCCAUGCUUUGGCAUUCAUUUGGUAAGAAAGCUACUACAGAAAAGGUGUUUAGUACUUAAGAUAAUUAAUUAGUUGUUCAGUCUGUGUUGCUUCCCACUGGUGUAAAGUGAGUUUCACUGACCAGUCACAUCUCUUGAAUAUGGUGGGGAUUUUGAACUUAUGGGACUAUUAAUAAUUUGGAAGUCAAUUAAAGUGGUCAGGUAUACAAGAGGACUUUCAUGUUAAUAAUUUUAUUGCAUAUCUUAUUAUCUAGUGUUCUCAAACCACACUAUUAAAGACUCGUUGCCUUUAAUAUUUUUUAUCACGCAAUAAAUAAAAUUAUUGAUAAUAAUAAAUAUUUAUUAAGUUUUAUUAAUAUAUAAUCAUUCAUCAUUUCAACUCAGUGUGUGAGAUGGGCCCUUUGUCUGAGGUGCCAUACUUCCUAUUUCCAUGUAUUAUGGUCAGCCUGAUCAUGAUUUUAUGUGGAAUUUUCCCUUGUAGGAACCAUUGCGGCAUUAUUACAAGAAAUAGUGAAUAUUUAUCCAGUGAUCAACCCUCCAAAUCUUACAGUAAGUUACCAGUUAUUUACAUGUAUUAUAAUGUAUUAUAACAUGGAUAGUAAAUCAUGGUUACUUGUAAUACCCUAUAAUUAUGUAGUUUCCAUAAAACAAUAAUUAUAUAAUUAUUACCUAUUCUGUUCUUGUAUUAAAAUCCCCUAGUAACAGUUAAAUGCACAUAAGUCUUUUCCCGAUAUCUGACUGACCUUUCUCACCUGAUUUUUUAUUUUUGUUAUUUUCAUGGACUAACAUACAUGUAUAUUAUUUUAUUUAGCAAUAUCUAUAAUUUUAUGUAGUGCUGAGUAAGUGAAGUGUGUUUGCAACUUGCAGGCUCACCAAUCCAAUCGUGUUUGUAAUGCACUAGCCUUACUACAGUGUGUGGCUUCCCAUCCUGAAACUAGAUCUGCAUUCCUACAAGGUAAUUGCAGGCUACGUCAUACAGUAUCAUCAGAUUGUGUUAUUUUUUACUGCAUAGCUAUGGAGUAUAAAAAAAGGAGAAUUGACUCCUGGCCAAUACUGAUAUGUACCAAUAACGCCAGUGUUCGACACUAAUUUUCCUGCUAACUUGCCCUCUGGGCAACUAUGUCUCUAGUGUUACUUGCCGAGUGUAUUUUUUGGUUGCCCAAAAAAUUCUCUUUGCCUAUAAAGUAGGCACUGUUGAAAAGCCUUUGCAGUUUUUCGUUGUCUUGUGCAUUCACAUUUCGUAGCACUGUUCUCAUAGGUGCGGCACCUGGGUUUUCCCGAGCAGAGCUUGCUUCAAAACACUUGAAGUGAGUUUUACUUUUAGCAUGGGCCUGAAUGGUAGUACGCCUAAAGGCACCAUUUCCAAUGAACAGGGAGCUAGAUUUCUCAGCAAUUUCGGGAAAAGAACAGCAAAUUUUACACUUCAUGGUGUUCUUUUCUUCAUCGUGUACAAGCCAAGGAAAGUCGCGCUCCUAUGACGUUUGGUAUUUUCGAUCUCGUUUGCUUUUCCCAGCGAAGACUUCUGGUUGAGAUUCAGCUUUUCUUUUGUCUCCUGGUUCCUUAAGCUUUGUAGAAUUUAACUGUUGUGUUGCUUGGAUGUCCUCCCUUUUAGUGACUGUGUCCAGUGACUUCAGCGUAAAACCAAAACGAAAUAAACUCAUGGCUGCUCAUCAUGGCAAGUACGUGAGAAGACUGGGUACAAACUUACCCAUGAAUACUUGCUUGUGAAGAAAAACAUGGCGAAAAACAAAAUACUCAAUGUAUCGGCGUAAGGACCCAUCACUGUACUUGUUUUUCAUUUUCCUUCUAUGUUCUCCUGACUAAAAUUUCAAAAGAGGGAGCAGGUGAUUUUGAUGCAGCUGUUGGAUUUUAUUCUUGUUCCAGUGGCUUGAGUGUUAUCCUUAACCACUUGCCCAAACGGGCAACCUGUGCAGCUUACACACUUGCCCAAUGCAUAAUUCUACUUGCCCUGGGCAAGUGGGCAAGCGUUAGUGUCGAACACUGGUAAUGCUCCCCAAAUAAAGACAUUUUUUAUCCAUCACAGGAGAAUAGAUUAUUAUUAUAGUACCAAAUAUACAGGUAGUUAACAAUUUACACAAAAAUGAAAAAAUAGCUGGCAUUUAUAAUUUUCUCGUGUCAAUACUGUAUUUACUCAAAAGAGCUUAUUGCUUAUUCAAGGGGGUAGUUACAGAGUACAUUAUACUGUAGGAUAAAACUUCCUACAUGUAUUUGCAAAAUCCGUUGUGCACAAUCUUUCUCUUUCUCUCUCUCUCUCUUUUUCAAAAAAUGACAAAACUAGUCCAGGGAGAAUGUAGUUUUUAGGCCUGUAUCCCUUCUAGAUCCAAAUUAGUAACAACAUUAGAAAUCAACAAGCUCUGCAUUGUUGCUUGGAGGGUGCAGUGCCCAUUGAUAUUUUUGCUCCGCAAAAUAUUGUGCUUAUUUAGGUGCCAUGCAGUACUCAUUUAUUCAAGGGCAGUCAUUAAUGUGCUAACAUUCCAAUUGAAAGUCAAGUUAAAGAACAAUCAAUGUUGAAGUUAUUGCUACCUGCACUAUUAAUUCCUCAUCCUUGUUAACCUUCGAUUAAUUUGUUUUAUUCCUCCAGCACACAUCCCUCUUUUCCUGUAUCCAUUUCUUCAUACAACAAGUAAAACAAGACCAUUUGAAUAUUUACGACUGACCAGUCUGGGAGUUGUAGGAGCAUUAGUCAAAGUAAGUCACUUCAUUAUAUUCUACAGCAAGGAAGAAUCAUUUUGCUGAUCAGUGGUUUCUCAUUGGUGGUAUUUUCAAAUGUUUUGCUUUUUCCAGACUGAUGAAGCAGAGGUUAUCAAUUUCCUCCUCACAACAGAAAUUAUUCCUCUUUGCUUGAGAAUUAUGGAAUCUGGAAGUGAACUCUCAAAAACUGUAAGUUGCAUUGAGAGCUCUUAGUGUUACAGUUGUAUUUGACCCUUUAGGUCCAGUCACAUCCUGUUUGAAGAGGCAGAAUGUUGAUAAUCAGACACCAGCUACUCAUUAACACAAAAAAACAGUCUCCUGAAUAAUCUUUUGUAUUGUAUUGUCAUAGAUGCUUUGUAAUUUUUGUUAAAAACAGAAACACACAACUACUCAAAUAAUUUUGUGCAAUAAAUGGUUAGACACUUUAAAAACUAAAUUUGGAGACAGAAACUGUACAACAACAUGUAGAUGACUGUGCACUGGGUAAAACUGUUUGAAAUAAUUAUCAAAAUUAGUUUCUGUAUGUGGCUUUUUUUGCCAUAUUUGUGUGAGGGAGGGAAGGAGUGGGAGGGGUAUUAGUAAAGGUGAAACUUAUCAGGCUGAUAGUAGAUCUGUCCAUAAUGACGAAUUAAAAUAUCACUGACUGCUUCUCAUUAUUAAGCAGUGCUUUUUUCUUGCUUCAGGUAGCCACAUUUAUCUUACAAAAAAUUCUGCUGGAUGAGACUGGGCUAUCUUAUAUAUGUCAAACAUAUGAAAGAUUUUCUCAUGUAGCUAUGAUUCUGGUAAGAUAAAUUAGUGGAAUUGAAAAUACAGUCAACUCUUGCCUUGUGGACACCCCGCUAUAACGGACACCCUGAUAAUACAAACAGCAGCUAAAUCCCAGGAAAAAAUAAAUUACAGGUGUUUAUCGAAUGACUGAAGCAAGCUCCCGCUAUUUCUGCCAGUAGCUAAGGGUCUGUAUAGUGUCCGCUAUAAAGGGAGUUGACUGUAAAGAGUAAAUUGACUGCUUAUUGGCUAAUGGUUUUGUACACAAAGAAAUCAGAAUAGUCAAGUUGUGAAUUACAUAAUUAUCUUAGAAGUAGUGAGCAAAGUUAUGGAGAUGUCUAAAACCUCUUUUAGAUUGUGUCACUGGACUUAGAGCAGUUUUUUUGCCCAGGGUGACUGGUUCCAAAAUAAUAGUGAGCUUAAGCAACGAGAUCACUGACAUCCCAGACAUCAUGAACAGCAACCAGAAGUUUGAUGCCUCGCUUGAUGAAACGCUUCUGUCUCACACAAUGAAUCUGAAUGCCUUUGUUUUAACUCCCACUGUACCAAUUUUCUGACUCAGAGCAGUGAAAGAGAGAAAAGAUCAACUUCUGGUUGCUAUUUUUGACCUCUGGGACAUCAACAUUCUCGUUGCUUAAGUUUCCUAUUAUAUUCAACUACAACUUUGGUUAAGCUUAAACAGACAAAGAGUGAUCUUAGCUGUAUUGUUGAACGCCUUCUCACUCAGUAUAAAUAAUUGCAAGACUAUGUGAGUGAUUACAUAAAUUCAGUAAUCUUAUUCCUUUUAUUGUAAUGCCUGACAUAGUGGACUUUUUGUAUCCUUCUCUGUUUAGGGGAAGAUGGUUCUUGCUCUUGCAAAGGAUCAGUCAGCAAGACUGCUGAAACAUGUCGUAAGAUGCUACCUUCGCCUCUCUGACAAUCCCAGGUGUGUUGAUUAACAUAUCAGCUGAACACUGAGAUUAGCUAAUGACCUAUUCAGCCAUUUGCUUACAAAUUAGUAAUGUUAAAUGUUGAUUAAUUUGAAAAAUGUUGGGAAAAACUGUAUUUUAAGAGAUAUGAGUGGAAUUUUUACUAACAAAAUAGACAGUAUUUUCUGUAAUUUACACAGUGGUGUUUCUUGCUUAUGCAUUGUUGUGAACGGUGGAUAUAAAUAAAAAUAAGAAUAGAAGACUAAGUUUCCAUGAAAGCUACUUUGAUAGGUAAAUGGUAGCCCAUUUUUUAGUCCUGUAUUUGUAUGUUAUGUUAGAUUUGUAUCAAUGUUAAACUACCUACCUACCAAACCACCCCUGCCAAAUUGGUGGUGGUUAGGGGGGGGGUGUAGGGGGAGGGUUUUGAGCAGCCCAGUUCCCUUGGCCCCACUCUCCCUGUUAACUUGAUUGAAUGAUAUUUGUAAUAACGAGGAUUUUUAAGUCACUUUAACUAUUGCAUUUUGUUACAGUUUGUGCUGCUAAAUUGUAUUUUAAACGUGAUGGUAAAGUGAACUUGCUUUCUUUUGUCUACUAACAAGGGCCCGUGAGGCUCUUCGACAGUGCCUUCCUGACCAACUUAAGGAUGGAACAUUUUCAAACUGUUUGAAGGAUGAUGCUUCUACAAAGAGAUGGCUGAGCCAGUUAAUGAAGAAUUUACAAGAUCCCACCUUAGCUGAUCCUAGGGGAAUACCUCUACCACCUUGACAAUAUUAUUUUCAUAGAAAUUGAGACAGUGUACUUGCAUGAAUGAUACCAUGUACAUACUGAAAAAUUUUCUGUACUUUCCCCCUCCAUUUGAAGAUUCUGAUAUCAUUUGCAGUGCUCACUCUUUGGUAGUACCAUAAUUUAGUAAAGUCUAGCUUGUACAAAGUAUCUUUUGAACGUAAAAACGGAAGAG